CACACCGCAGACGGGAGCCGAACGCGUGCCAGGCCCCCCGCACGAUUCUAACCGCGGCCAAGGCGGCGGUUCCUGCGCUCGCCCGAGCAGCAGCCGCGCGGCGGGGCCGGGUUGCGGCGAGCUCGGCGGCGCUCGCGCACGGCGCGGGGAGGCGGGGUGGGGCGGCGCGCGGGGAAGGGGGGUCCCUCCCGCGGCACACAGGGAGGGAGGCAGCGCGGCGGCCGCAGCCUCAAGGUCACACUUCUCCCGGCAGAGGGAGAGAGAGGAGCGAGGGCGGCAGCGCUCCCCGCCCCUGCCCCCUCCUCCCACCCCCGUGCUCCCCGCCUGCCCCUCGUCUCCCCCGCCCCCUUCUCCCCUCCCCGGCUCCCCCCGCCCGGCUUUCCCGCUCAGCCUCGGGGGCUGCGGCAGCCCGGCCACGGACUAGCCCUGCGGCCCGAGCGCGCUGUCCAUGGUGGGGCGGCUGGGCUGCGAGCUGCCGGCUGCCCGCCCAGCGGCGCGGGGCUUUGGGGCCAUGCCGGGCACGGCGGCGGCGGCUCCCCGGCGUCCCGCGGCGCCCCGCUGCUUGGCGAGCGCCUGGCUGGUGGCGGGAUAAUGCGUCUGCUGGGCGCCAGCGCUGGCCACCUGGGAGGCACCGCGCCGGGGGGCCGCCCGCCGCCCCGCCACCAUGUCCCCCCCAGCCUCGGCGGCCGCGGCCGGCGAGAGAGGCAGCAGCACGUCGGUGCCUCCGGAGGAGGCGGAGGGGAGCCGAGAGGAGCAGCGGCCGGUGAAGCAGUCCCUCAGUAAGUCCCUCUGCAGAGAAUCCCACUGGAAAUGCCUGCUCCUCUCCCUUCUCAUGUACGGCUGCAUGGGAGCCAUGACCUGGUGCCAUGUGACCAAGGUCACCCGGCUGACCUUUGACAGCGCCUACAAGGGCAAGUCCAUGAUGUAUCACGAUAGCCCCUGCUCCAAUGGCUAUGUUUACAUCCCCCUGGCCUUCCUGGUGAUGCUCUACGUGGUCUACCUGGUGGAGUGCUGGCACUGCUACACCCGCAACGAGCUGCAGUACAAGGUGGACGUGGAGAGCGUGCACGAGCGGGUGCAGAGAAUGCAGCAGGCCACCCCGUGCAUCUGGUGGAAAGCCAUCAGCUACCACUAUGUCCGGAGGACCCGGCAGGUCACCCGCUACCGCAAUGGGGAUGCCUACACCACCACCCAAGUGUAUCACGAGAGGGUCAACACCCACGUGGCGGAGGCCGAGUUUGACUACUCCAACUGUGGGGUCAAGGACAUCUCCAAAGACCUGAUGGACCUGGAGAGCUACCCAGCCACUCGGCUCCGCUUCACCAAAUGCUUCAGCUUUGCCAAUGUGGAGUCCGAGAACUCCUACCUGACCCAGCGUGCCCGCUUCUUCACCGAGAACGAGGGGCUGGACGACUACAUGGAGGCCAGGGAGGGGAUGCACCUCAAGAACGUGGAUUUCAAGGAAUACAUGGUGGCCUUUUCAGACCCAGACAACCUUCCCUGGUACGUGUCCCACUACGUCUUCUGGGUGGCUGCCCUGCUGACCCUGUCCUGGCCUCUGCGGGUGCUGAAUGAGUACCGCACUUCCUACGUCCAUUACCACGUGGAGAAGCUCUUUGGGUUUGACUUUGUGGCCGUAACACCAGCUGAGGAGCGCUCCUUCUGCAGGAGGAUGCCCCGUGUCAACACGGUGGACAGCACUGAGCUGGAGUGGCACAUCCGGUCCAACCAGCAGCUAGUGCCCAGCUACUCAGAGGCCGUCCUGAUGGACUUGGUGGGGCUCUCCAGCUGCACCAGCUACUCCGCUUGCAGGUACGGGGGCUACCGGCAGAACUGCGAGCGGUGCCACAGGACUAUAAGCAGCUCGUCCAUCUUCUCCCGCAGCGCCCUGAGCAUCUGCAACGGCAGCCCCAGGAUCCCCUUCAGCAGCAGCCGCUUCUCGCUGGGCCGCCUCUAUGGCUCCCGGCGCAGCUGCCUCUGGCAGAGCCGGAGUGGGAGCCUGAACGAGCAGAGCUGCCCAACCGAGCAAACCCGGCUCUCCAGCCAGGUCACAGUGCAGGAGGAGGACCCUCCUGCUUACCAGGACGCCCUCUACUUCCCCGUCCUUAUUGUGCACCGCAACGAGGGCUGCCUCAACCACGACCACCGUCAUCUCCAUCGGAACGGGUCCUGCAUGGAGACCUCACUGUGAGUGGAGGGCGGCAAGGAUCUCCCUCUUGAUCACCGUGUCUCCAGACACAGGGACUUGGGAAGUGGGGGGAUAGCCAGGAAAAUGAGGCACCAGUGCCCCACUCAGCAUGUGGGAUGGAGAGGUCACCGCCUCUUGGUCUCCAAGGAUAGGCUCAGCAGCUGCUGCAUUUGCCACAUGGCUCCUUUGAUGUCACGGAGAAGAGGGUGGCAGCAGGAUGGGCGAGCAGCAGCGCCAUCUGUGGCAUGGCACAAAAUGACAGACCGACGACCACAUGCAGAAAAUGGUAGAAAAGAAAGGACUGAAGGCGGGAGCUGGGUGCUGUAGUUCCACGCUCUGCCUCGAAAGGCCCUGGCUGGCUGGAAUAGUGCUAAAUGACAACUACUGCCCACCACCCUGCUGCACCCGUGACCUCCACCCCUCUCCCCCAGCGCUGCAGACUUAUUCUCCCGCAGAGGGGUCUCGCACGGGGCCAAGGGGAGCAAGGUCUGGCAGCACAUUCCCUUUGGAGCAGCAAUUAACUCCUCAUGCGCCAAAGAUCCUGGGGCACCCAGGCCCAUAGAGCUGAAGGGCAGUUUAGAGGAAAUGCUCAAGACCACAAGGCCAACUCUUUCCUCCUUUUGUUGAGACUGCGCUCCGACUGUUACACUGUCCUCAGCUGCUGGGAUGGGCAUUGCCACCAGAUGGCUCUUUAGAAAGCCUCAGCACUCCAGGGCCAAGAAUCGGCAUCGCCUAGGUAAAGCUUAAAGCAUUCCAAGUACUUUUCCAUUUGGGGUUGCAAAGAGCAGGAAGCAACAGGGAAUCUACUGAGGAAAGGCCAGACCCGGCAUGAGAGCGCAGUCACAGCAUGAAGCCAGUAGGUCUGGCAGGAGAAGGCCCAGCCUGCAAAGCAAACCCAGGAGACCUUUGUGUGCUGGGAGUCUUCGGGAAGCCAAAGACAUCCGAUGGGGAAGGGGUGAGUUGGGCAGCUGGGGACCCCCAGGUCUUGAAGUGAGCAAGGUCUAGUCAUAAUUAAUUCAGCCAAGCAAGGAGUCUGGCAUCCAGGGAGGUUCUGUUAGGUUCAACUGCAGUUUACCUAUGAAUAAUAGAAGAGCAGGUUGGCAGGUCUCGGGGAGAGUGAAUAUUACAUGAAGUCAAGUUGGCUCCAGACUCCAGUCAUUAAUAUGAAGGGAAGCUGGGUUUGGCACAGAGCUCUGAGGGCAAGGAGAGGCUAGAGAUGGGUGGUGAUGUAGAGAGGCCCAGAGUUUCUGCUGUCCAUGCUGGUGAAGGGAAGGGCGGCUAACAAUCUGAAACAAUGCAACCCCUUUGGCCCAUGUGGUUACAAAGCGGGCUCCUCUCAGCAUGAUCCUCAGCUCCUGCGCCCCACGCUCCUCUCCGAAGGGUUUCCACUGGCUCCUCAGGGGACUACCAUAAAUAGCCUGCCCAGCAACCUCUUUAGGGUGCCUCCCUCAUAGCACAGCCCAAUGGGCAGAAUCCUCUGGCUGGCUGAAAGGUGAAUGGACACAAUCCCAUUGAAAAUACUCCGCAAAGGUCAUGCUCCCAGGUUCCGUACAGAGUCUGCGAGCACGUUUACCAGAGGUAAAAGAACCCACCAAGCCCUGAGGGCAUGAGCCAGUUCCCUGGGAGGAGCUAAACAUCAUCAAUGGUGGCAUGAAUGCAGCUCCCUGCCCCGCUCUGGGCAGAAACAGAACCUUCAACUCAGGUGUCUGCAGCAGGAAAAACAACAGUUCACCUUUCAGGUGCCAGUCUUGCGAUGGGAUCCAUGUGAGUCGCCCCGUGCAUCAACAGAGAGCCCCAUUGGUCAGUGAGGGUCCACCUAUGCAAUCCAAUAGCAGGAUCAGGGCCUAAAUGGGUCACUCCUUGAAACUAGUGCAUGUGGGUGAGAUCUCCUGCUCGGUUGGGCUUGUGGGUGAGGCCAUUCAGGAGUCGAUCCUACGUACUCAUGCUCCUGCAAAUGGUCCUUAUAGACAUGAGCAGUCACUUGAAGUCAGUGGUUCUACUCGCCACGGGUCAGGGUGGCAGGAUCAGGUCCUCAGAGAGCAGCAGCAAUGACCACACAAGGCAUUUCUUCUACGCUAAAAUACAGAGGGUGGUUAGAAAUGAGGGGAUCAUUUUGGAACAAGCUCAAGGAAACCCCUGAUGGCCCAUUACCUGGCUGCAGUGAGUUGCUUUGUCCCACUGUCAUGUCACACUAGGGUCUGAAUGUAACCUUUUUUGUAACCCUGGAAUGGACUGACCACGGUUGCCCCCCUUUCACCACUUCAUAUGCACAUACCCAGAGGGAUCGGAGUCUCAGCAUGCUCCCAGUCCUGCAAACCCUUACUCAUGUGAGGAGUCCUUACUCACUGGAAGCAAUGAAGCUACUUGCAUGAGGAAGGAUUUGCAGGAUUGGGCCCAUAAAUACUUCGUGGGAGGAGGGAAAAAGGAAAAGUUAUCAAGGCUGAACUGUAUUUUUUGUAGAGAUCUUUCAAAGUCUGUGCUAGGAUGUGAGAAAGGGGUGAUGAGAUAAUGCCUCUUAGGCCCACAAGCUCUGGGCUGGCUCUGUCUGUAUUGUCUUCUCCAUUAGAACAUCACCGCACCUCUUGAACUCAUUAUAGGCUCACCAGUUUUCCUAAGGCCCCUUUUCUAAUCAGCCAGCUGGUCUGUGCUUGUUGAAUGGCCAAGUUCUGGCCUUGGCCAGUGAUCACCCCAGUCCCUGCUGUCCAUCAGCCCCGUUGCAGUCCCAUCAUUCACCAUGGCAGAGAACUGCAUGGAGCGAUUCCCACCCCUAGCCAGCAGCAAGCUUUGAACCCAAGCAGCAGCAUAGUUCUCCACUGCUUGAGCUAAAGGACCAACUCCAGUAGCUGGCAGCAGCAGCAGGCAGGAAACGUCUAUCCCUCUGCAGGUCUGCUAUAGAAAGGGGACAAGUAACACACUGAAUCAUGUGUUACAUUGCAUUUGGUUCAGCCAGACCUCCCCUGGUCCAUUUCGGCAUGUAAUGUGCUGUACUGUUUCACUGACUAGAUCUCAGUGCCUGUACCACUUCCUGCAUCCCCCGCCCCUCUCCUCAGUAAUGCUGUUGUGUUGGUCACUUUCCAGAAUCUGACCUACCUUUAGGGGAUUUCUCUAAUAAGAAUUAAUACUUCACUAACUUCUCCCCUUAUUUCCAAGAUAAAAAUCUUUCCCCAUGUUACUAACAGGACCUGAGACUGUUGGAUCUGAAAGAAUUUUAAACAUCUCAUUGACUUUCCCCCAUCGCUGUUUAUUCUCUGUUCUGCUAUUACUCAAUUAAAUUAGGCUGGUCAGUUUCACCCUGAGUUUUCUAGUCAGUUUCACUUGUUCUCAGGUACUAAAACAAAGACUGUUUGAACUGAAACUUUUUAAAGCCUCAUAGUUCCAUUCAGAUUUUGUCUUGUCAAACUCCCCUCCUCCCCCUACAAAACCUACAUUUUGGGCUUAAAUGGCAUUUAAGAACUGGUAGGUUUAAAUAACCAGGCCCUAGGCUAUCCUCCUGCUCUUCUGUUUCCAUUGUUGUCUGCACACUAUGCAAUGCUUCUGCCAAACGGACCUGGUGGAAGUGGCUACAGCUCCACUGGCUCCUCUUAUACCAAUUGAAUUUGGCUGCCAGUGCCUCAUUCUCCUCCCACUCAGGGCCCAGUGCAACUCCAGUUAAUGUCAAUGGAAUAGCUCCUAGUGACGUUAAUGGGAGAUGAUGGAAUGUGCCCUUGUGCCUUGGUAAUGAGGAGUAUCCCCACUGAAGUCAAUGGAGUUAAAAUGGGCUGUGACUGGGGCAUGUGAAAGGGGACUCAGGCCCUCUUGUCCUUCUCCAGCUGUUCCAUUUUAAAACUGCUCAUGGCUUAGAUUAGGCUACCCUUGCCAUCUUUCUGUGCCCAGGUGCCUUAGAUCCAUGGAUUUAUCAUAGGGGUCGGCAAGUCUUUCAGUUCCCUUGGGAACUGGGAAGCCCACAGAACAGGGGCAGGUUAGAAAGCUUUACUUGCCACAUCCUUUAUCGCCAGCAGCAAAACUCUACUGCCUAACACUCUGCCCAUUAGCUUUGUCCAGUUCUGUUCACACCAAGAUUCUUUUCCCCUGGGUUCAGGUUCAUCUUGGUCCUUAGGGCUGGUCUACACUGGGGUGGGGGGAUCGAUCUAAGAUACGCAACUUCAGCUACGAGAAUAGCGUAGCUGAAGUCGACAUAUCUUAGAUCGACUUACCUCCUGUCCUCAUGGCGUGGGAUC